GUGAUGUCGAUGAUGCUUUCUUAUCCGAUGAUGAUAUCAUCUCCAGAACUCAGUUUCCUGAGAGUUGGUUGUGGCAAGUGGAACAUCUGAAUGGAACUCCCAAUGACCAGGGGAUCUCAUCCAAGACGAUGUCGGUUUUCCUGCAGGAUUCCAUCACGACCUGGGAAGUGCUGGCCGUGAGCCUUUCGGAGACUAAAGGGGUCUGCGUGGCUGAUCCUUAUGAGAUCGUAGUGAUGAAGGACUUCUUCAUCGACCUGCGGGUGCCUUACUCGGUGGUGAGAAACGAGCAGGUGGAGAUCCGGGCUGUCCUCUACCACUAUGUGGAGAAUGACAUCACGGUGCGGGUAGACCUGGUCCACAACCCGGCCUUCUGCAGCGCUUCCACCGCCAAGCGAAGAUACAGGCAGAGUUUCUCCAUCAAAGGCCAGUCCUCCAAGGCGGUGCCGUUUGUGAUUGUCCCGCUCCAGCUAGGACUCCAUGACAUCGAGGUCAAAGCAGCUGUCCAGGGCCUGGGUGGAUGGGAUGGUGUGAAGAAGAAGCUGAAAGUUGUGCCUGAAGGGAUGCUGCAAAAGCUUACGACAGUCUUUGAUUUAGAUCCCGCUGUGAAAGGAGUUGGUGGAGUCCAGGAGGUGAAGGUCGUCGCCAAACCUAUUGACGACCAAGUUCCCGACUCAGAAACUGUGACCAGGCUUACCAUCCAAGGGAACCCUGUGGCCCAGAUUGUUGAAGACUCCAUUGAUGGGGCGAACCUGAACCAUCUCAUCGUCACCCCUUCUGGCUGCGGGGAGCAGAACAUGAUCACUAUGACCCCGUCGGUUAUCGCCACCCACUAUCUUGACGCUACUGGGCAGUGGGAGAAGAUCGGGGUAGAGCGCCGGUUCGUUGCGGUCAACCAGAUAAUGCAAGGUUACACACAGCAACUGGUAUACAAGAAAUCAGACAACUCCUACGCUGCAUUUACUAAUCGCCCAUCUAGCACUUGGCUAACGGCAUACGUCGCAAAAGUCUUUGCCAUGGCUAAGUCUAUCAAGUCAAACAUCGACACCCAGGUCAUCUGCGGAGCUAUAAAAUGGCUGAUUCUGGAAAAGCAAAAGCCGGAUGGAAUGUUCCAGGAAGACGCCCCCGUGAUCCACGGAGAGAUGUUGGGAGGCUAUAGUGGUGCGGAACCGGAGGCGUCCUUAACGGCUUUCGUCCUGGUGGCCCUGCUGGAGUCCAGAGGAAUCUGCAGUGGGCAAAUCGGCAGCUUAGACAACAGCAUCGCCAAAGCUGCUGAGUUCCUGGCCAGGAAGUACGAGACGCUGGAAAGGCCCUACACCGUGGCCCUCACCUCGUAUGCCUUAGUCCUUGCUGGGAGGCUGGACCACGACAGGGUUCUGAUGAGAGCAUCGAGAGGUGGAGAUCGGUGGGAAGAGACUAACGCUCGUACUUACAACAUCGAAGGCACCUCCUACGCUCUUCUGACCCUGCUGAAACUGAGGAGGUUCGAGGAGGCUGGCCCCAUCGUAAAAUGGCUGACCCAGCAGAAGUAUUACGGAGGGACCUAUGGGCACACACAGUCAACCGUCCUAGUGUUCCAAGCUCUUGCCCAGUAUCAGAUGGACAUCCCGCUCCGUAAGGACCUGAAUUUGGACGUUUCUCUUCUGUUGCCGGGACGUGCUGCUGCGAUCCACUAUAGAAUUGACUACGAAAACGCCCUCCUCGCUAGAUCAGAAGAGACCAAGAUCAACAAAGACUUCACAGUGAAAGCGGCCGGGCAGGGCCAGGCCACCAUGACCGUAGUGACCUUGUACAACGCAAAACUCCGUGAGCAGGCUGUUCCCUGCAGGAAUUUUGAUCUGCACGUGGCUGUCACACCUUUCCAGCUCCGUAAGGCAAUAGAUGGAGUCCUUGGAGCAGUCAAGAUACAAAUCUGUGCCAGGUACCUCCGUGAUUCCGAUGCCACCAUGACCAUCAUCGAUGUCUCCAUGCUGACGGGUUACGGGCCAGCCACGGAAGACCUAAAGAGGCUUUCCGAAGGUGUGGACAGAUACAUCUCCAAGUACGAGAUCGACACCGAAAAGUCCGAAAGGGGGAACCUCAUCAUCUAUUUGGACAAGGUUUCUCAUGUGGUGGACGAAUGUCUGGAAUUCAGAGCUUACAAGUAUUUUGAGGCUGGUCUCGUUCAGCCGGGAUCCGUCACGGUGUACAGCUACUACUCCCUGGAUGACCGCUGCACCAAGUUCUACCAUCCGUUCCAGGGACGCGAGCACCUCAAUAAGAUCUGCCACGGUGACGUUUGUCGGUGCGCGGAAGAGAACUGCUUCUUGCACAGACAACCUGCCGACUUGCAGGAGCGAGUCGUGGAAGCCUGCAAGCCAGAAGUAGAUUACGUGUACAAAGCCAAGCUUAAUGAAACAGAAGAGGAAAACGGUUAUGACAACUACAUGAUGCAAGUUCUGGAAGUUAUUAAAGAAGGGAGUGACAGCAACCCACGAGCCAAACCCCGCAAGUUUAUCAGCCACAUGAGAUGCAGGGAGUCUCUGCAGCUGGAGGUGAACGCGGACUAUCUGGUCUCAGGUCACAGGAAAGACCUGUGGCCCAUCAAAAACGAUGUCAACUACCUCAUCAGCAAGGACACGUGGAUCGAGAAGUGGCCAAGUGACGACGAAUGCCAGGAGGAGGAAUACGAAACCCUGUGCACCGACCUCAUUGACUUCUCCAGCAGACUCAGCAUUUUCGGCUGUGACAACUAACAACGGAAACGGCGUCUGCAGCAACUGCGUGAAGGCGGAACUGAACCGACAUCGCAGAGAACACACCUCCCAGCCUGAAGCUCCGGCUUCCUCGCUGGCUCUGCUGCUGU